AUGGACUGCGUUUUGCGAGCAGGCCGUCGACCGGCUGCUUCUUGCUGGGCGCCAAUCUUCCUGCUGGCCCUCCACCUUCAGCAGCACGCUGCUGACGCGCUAAAAAUAGGGCUCGUGAUAGGUGUGAAUCAACCUCACCGGGUCGUCACCGCCUUUCGUGACGUCAUCGAGUACGCCAACCAACAAGCACCUGGUGACAGAUACAAGAUAACGCCACUGACAACGAGGGUUUUCGACAACGAUACAUUCAACGUCACCAAUGAUGCGUGCGCCCAGCUGAGCUCGGGCGCGGCGUUGCUCGUGUCUCCGGACGGCGGCACGGUGCUCGAGGCCCUGGCUGCCGUGUCGGCCCGUCUGCAGGUGCCGCUGCUCAGCGCGUCGGUGACCCGCAGCCCAUCGUCCCACCUGACACGGUUCGACCUCACGCUUCGACCGCAAGCACACGGCACGCUUGCUGCACUCGUGCACGCUAUGCGAUGGCCGCGCUUCUACUACAUCUACGACUCCGCAGAAGGUUUAGACCGGCUGCAAGAAAUACUGGCCGCUUUGCCCACCGACUAUCCGUUGGAGGUGCAGCACGUGCGGCGAAUACGCGGGGAGAAGGCCGCCUUCGAAUUCCUCCAGGAGCGCGAGAACGAGCAGUGGGACGUGGACAAGUUCGUGCUGCUCGACUGCAACCUGGAGACGGCCCGGCGGAUCGUGCAGUACGCGUACGGCAAGCGGCGAGCCUACUACACCUUCCUCUACGCACGAUACACACUACCCGAUGACUGGAAGGACACCCAAGUGUACGAUCAAAGCAAAGUCAUCGCACUGCGCAUUCUGAAAGAGGACGCCGAUGCCCACCACAGCGCCGUGAGGGCGGCCAGCAGGGAAUCGUAUUACAGCUCUUCUGAAAGCAUAACGGAAGAAGAGGCCCUAGCGUACGACGCGGCACUUGUGGUAAGCGACACGCUGACGCGACUGUCGCGCGAGCGGCCCGAGGUGGGCAUCGAGCUCUUCCAGGACGCCACCUCAGGCCAGAGCUCACAGUGCUACAGCUCACCGCUCGUGCCCUACAAGCAUGGACAAGCCAUCAUUGAGCUCCUGAAAAAGACCUCUGUCAACGGCACCACUGGACAGAUUAUGUUCGACGAACAAGGUCAGCGUGUCGGCUACACAGUGGACGUCAUGGAACUCACAGCACGACAGAAGAUGCAGAAGAUCGGCUAUUGGUCCCAAGCAACUGGUUUUAUAAAACAGCCGGACCCCAGGGGAUAUCCACCGACGUGGUCUGAACCAACCGAGAAGAGGCUUGUGAUCACGAGUAUACUGGAGCCGCCCUUCCUUAUGUACAAGAAUGCCAAUGACACCAGCAAUGAAGAGGACAACCUCGAAGGCUAUUGCAAGGACCUUAUCGCCAAGUUGAUGCGUGCAAUGGGCCGAGAGUACAGCAUUCACCUAGUAAAGGACAACAAAUACGGCACUCGGGACAAGUCAGCGCAGUCUGGAUGGAAUGGCAUGAUUGGUGAAAUCUUAAGAAAGGAAGCAGACAUUGCCGUGGCACCACUAACCAUUACGGCUGAGCGAAGCCGUGCAGUGUACUUCAGCGAACCGUUCAUGAAGUCUGGCCUGGCGGUGCUUGCACGGCGGCCCGAGGCAGAAUCGCUCAGCGUCUUCAGCUUGUUCAGCUUCUUGCGGCCUCUUUCCUGGGAGGUGUGGCUGUGCCUGCUUUCUGCCUACGUGGCUGUUGCUGUGCUACUGUUCGUCAUCAACAGACUCAACUUGGCUGUGGCCACACCCCCCAAGGAACCACCUGGAUCGUGCAGCCACUUGUACAACAGCCUAUGGUAUGCCCUCGGGGCAUUCAUGUCCGAGGAGUGCAACAACUGCAGGCCCAAGUCUGUCGGCAGCCGACUGAUCAGCUUCGGAUGGUGGUUCUUCGUGCUGGUCAUGCUAUCAAUGUACACAGCGCAACUGUGGGUGAAUCAACCUUUCAAGGCACCUUCUCCUCCAGUGAAAGAUCUGAAGGAACUUGCCAUGCAAGACAAAAUCGAAUAUGGCAUCGUCAAAGAUUCUGCCACCCAACAAUUCUUUCAGAGCACCAGGGACACCUUCUACUCGAGAAUGUGGGACUCGAUGACCUCAUUCAACAACACCAUGACGGCUACUAAUGAAGAAGGCGUAAAGAGAGUACGCGAGUCCGAGGGCAACUACGCCUUCAUAGUGGACACUGUGAAGAUAAAGUAUGCGACGCAGAAGGCACCCUGUGACCUCAUGCAAAUCGGCGAGACAUUUCAGCCGUCCGGCUAUGGUGUCGUUGUCUCGCACAAGUCACCGCUCAAAAAAAUACUGGACGUCAGUAUAGCCAGGCUACAAGAAGACGAGGAACUUUACGCUCUCUACAGAAAGUGGUUCGGGAACGAGGAAUGCCACCAGCCAGAACACAGUGCCGCUCCCCUGGAAGUAACCAAGGUGGGCGGUUGGUUCGUCAUUCUGGGUGCUGGACUUCUCAUCGCGGUGGCCGUUGCAGUGGCCGAGGUGUGGUGUAAAUCGCCCCCAAAGCCACAGAAGCCCAAGGAGCCCAAAGAACCGAAGCCCAAAAAGGAGAAGAAGAAAAAGGAAAAGAAAGACGACGAGCAUAUCAAGGAAGAAGGUGUCGAAACGCAGCUGCUGCAGCCAGGAACGAACCCGAGCGCCUACACGGGAAGCUACGUGGGAGGCGCAGACCUCACCAUCCAAGAAGUGGGCGAAGAAGACGAGGAUGACGAAGUGGUCAAGGUUCCCAUCGCCGAUGUGGAGAACUUGACUGACUCGGCGGACGACAGCCGUGACAUAACACGCGACGUGACGGCUGAUCGCAUCGUUCCUCUGGCAGUGAACCCUCUGGAGAACCAUCCAGAGAUCAAGUCCAUCGACCACAGCCCCGUAGAGUCGCCUAAAGGUGGCUACGAGAGCUCCGAAGUCUAGCCUAAUCGAACCACGUCGGAGGACGACAUAUUUCCAGCACUGUUCUCAAGCCAGCAGGAUGGGGGCAUUUAACUGCUGGUGCCACGAAAAAAAAAAAACACUCAUGGCGCUCACUUCACCGUAGGAUCUGUGGCGGUGAGCUCGACGACCAACACUGUUUUCCCGCAAUUCACGUAGGAGCAAGAACAGUGGAGCAGGCACCUAGAAAAACCGCUGUGUUCACUGCAGGAUGUUCCCUGAUGGUGGCUUUUGUAAGCAUGGUAUCUUUUUGUGUUUUUCAUUUCCAUUCUUCUCCUAAAGGGUAACGCUUUUCCACUCAAAAGAAAAUCAUACGAAUGAGGAUCAUCACCCGGAAGUUUUACAAACUGGUUUUCAGAGACAAGAUAGAAA